AUGUUCAAAAUACUCCUGAUAUCUGUUUUCUGCGCUUUUUCUUUGGUUCAAGCUCAGUCUACCGAAGAAACGCCGUCACCAGAUAUUCCUCUAGUACGGGCUGCUCGUGGAAUUCGCCAAUGGGUGAAUUUCAAAAAAAUUCAAAAAAAUUCAAUUCAUAAAAAAAUUUUUUUAGAGACGGAACAACAACACUCCCCUCAAUCAAGUUAGAGCAAGAAUAAAAUUUCAGAAAGCUAAAAAAAAAAGUUUUCAGCGCUGGUAUGGUUGGCAACCGCAAAAUUACGGCGGCUAUUUCCCAUACAAUGUUUUUUUGUUUUACUUUUUUCGCAGAACAAGUUUUUCCAGAUUUGGCAACCUUUGUGCAGCAGUUACAAUGUUCAGAAUUACUGGAAGACCGGCGGAUAUGACCCUUAUAACUUCCAGAACGUUUGGAUUUGAGUAUCUUCUAUUAAAUAGAAAAAUUUAUAGAUUAUGAGCAGAAUGUGCCUUCCUGGAAAUCGCGAUUCUACUACAACUCAGACUGUUAUUAACAAUGUAGGAUAAAUGUGAAAAUUUCCUUUUCAGGCGUGGACCAGCGCCUGUGGACCUUCUGGAACUAGAAACGGCUUCAGCCUGAUCAGUUCCAAUUACGAUCGAAACAUUGAAGUUCUUUUUUGAAACGAAACUUUUAAUAAUUUUUUUCGUUUUGCAGCUUCUUCGGUUGAUCUGCACUAAAAUGCAGCUCUACUACCUUGACGAAGUGGAAAAGGUAGUAACAUGACACGAAUUUCUUACUAAUAUCGACUGAUCCCAGAGCACCUGCACUAUGGCUUUCUACAAAGGAUUCAGCAAAGAUCUUAUCGACCAAAUAAAAUCCGCCGUGUGCAAAAAAUGA